GCCCUUAUGUUCGGAGCACUGUGCAGCGAUGCUUACACACCAGCCAAACAGCAAUCGAAUAGCUUUGCCUUGGUUAGCACAAACCACCAGUGUAACACAGGAGGAACGCAUAAAGUGAGCGGCCAGGAACGGGUCAAGCGACCCAUGAACGCGUUCAUGGUGUGGUCCCAACAUCAGAGACGCCAGGUGGCUCUGCAGAAUCCCAAAAUGCGAAACUCAGACAUCAGCAAGCAGCUGGGACACCAGUGGAAAAUGCUUUCAGAAGCUGAAAAAUGGCCAUUCUUCCAGGAGGCGCAAAGACUGCAGGCGGUGCACAAAGAGAAAUACCCGGACUACAAGUACAGACCUCGCCGGAAGGUUAAAAUCCUACAGAAGAGCGACAGUGUGCUGCUUGCACAACCUUCUUCCACGCUGUGCAGCGAGGUACAUAUGGACGAUGGGUUAUGUCCUUGCACAGGAAUGAAGGACCAGCUAAUCUGCUCACAGUCAGUGAACACAGGCAGCUGGCUGCCGCAACAGCAAUGCCACAGCAACUGGACAAACUGGCAAGAAAAUCGAGUAACACUGGCUGCACACACCUGUGAGAACAUUCCCCUUUACCAUAAAUUACAGCCGUGA